AUGGACCCAGACACCCUCCCUCCAGACCCAGCCCCCUCAACAUUCAACUACGUCCUCUCCUUCCUCCUCGUCGGCGUAGCAUGGGGCUUCACAACCCCCUUUAUCCGACGCGCCGCCGCAGACUUCAACUUACGCCAAGAAGAGAAGAAUGGAACCGCCAAUGGUGGGCGCGGGAGAUCUUCAUCACAGUUACAGCGUACACAACCGGCCGGUUUCACAGAUGGACCCGAGGAAGCGGAGUUACUCGAUCGAUCUGAAGACGGGGUCCGGAGGCGGAGUACGAGUUCUACGCGCGACGCAACUAUGAAUACGGACGGUGUGGUUGAUGAUAAUGAGGGAGGGACGAAUGCUGGUAUGGAUGAAGACCAGCCGAUUCCUGCGUGGCGGAGCGGGGAAGGGAAGAAGUCUUGGGUGCGGAGGAAGAUUGUUUCUGUGUUUUGGACUGUUAUUAACCUGCUUCGGACGCCUGCGUAUGCGGUUCCGUUGGUUAUCAAUUUGACGGGGAGUAUUUGGUUUUUCUUACUUGUUGGGAAGCAUGAACUCUCCUUGACCGUCCCGCUUGCGAACUCGAGUGCGUUUUUGUUUACGGUUCUUGGGGAAUGGUAUGUUGAGCGCAAGGUUAUUGCGAUGCAGACUUGGUUGGGGAUGGGGUUGGUUCUUGGGGGGAUUGCGUUGUGUGUGCAUUCUAAGAACCAGGGUGUUUGA